CUUUCCGCUGUGUGUUUUCUGCUUUGUGCUUUCUAUUUUCUGGUUUCUGCUUUCUGUUUUUUGUUUGCAGCAUUUUUUAAAUAUCAACAUGAGUGCUCCAAAACGAAGUGGAGUUUCAUGCUCUUACAAAAAUUGUACAGCAAGAUUCAAUCGAGGAGGGGAAGGAGUACAUUUUUUUAGAUUUCCUAACAAUGGAGACUUAUGCAAGCUCUGGCUUCAGGCAUGUGGUAGAGAAGAUCUUCCGUCUUUGGAAUAUCAACACUACCACAAGACCCGCAGAGUAUGUAGUAACCAUUUCGAAAAUAGAAUGUACAUGGGUCCUUCCAAGUCCAGGUUAUUACCAACAGCAGUUCCAAAGCAGAUUGAGUCUGAUACAAAUAUUCAAGAAGAGAGCGGUAAUAAUCCUGAGUUUCAGCCUCCAGCAAAAAUUCUUGUCGUAGACAUAGCAGCAAUUUCAGGUCCAUCUCAUCAGGGAAACAUUACAUCAAUCGGCUUUGAUGCAAGUGUUCAGACGCCAGCAUCGAUAUCUGCAGGGACACCGAGGAAGCGUAAGCUUGAGAAUGAAAUUUCUAAUUUAGAACGCGAGAAUUUAGAGCUAAAAGCGGAAGUGUUAGAACUUCGAAAUAAUCAGUCUAGUUUAAGUAUGUUUCAGGGUUUAUGCAACAAGUUUUUAUCCCCCAAAAUAAUUAAUUUUGUUAAUAUGCAAGUUAUUCAAAAUAAUAGAAAUGUUCACGGUAGGCGUUAUACGGAAGAUUUUAAAAAGUUCGCGAUAUCAUUGUAUUUUGUUGGGCCAAAAUGUUAUCGGCAAUUUUUAUGGUGCACUAAGAAAUCCAGAAGAAUCUUUUUACAAUUAUUUAUUUACUUUAGAAAACAUGUUUUUUUCAAACGCACAUUCUAUUUUACCUCGCACCCAUGUAGGGAAAAAUAUGUAUGAUUUAUGUAGAAAUGUUACUGGUUUUAUUCACCCUUGCGACAAUUUUCCUUUACAAUAUUUAUUAAAGUUAUUUAUUAGAUUAAGAAUUUAUUAUACUCUUACAUACAGCAAUAGGGAUUUUAAAACUUGUAUUAGAAAAGAUAGGAAACUUCAUAUUGUAUUAAAUUUGUAAAUUUAUGUUCAAAUAUAUCAUCCGAAACCUUCCCUCCUACUAUUGUAUAAUUGUAUAAUUUAUGUUGAAAUAUAUCAUCCGAAACCUUCCCUCCUACUAUUGUAUAAUUGUGUAAUGUAUGUUCAAAUAUAUUUUCGAGAACCUUCCCAAAUCUUAUUGUAUAAUUGUGUUAUUUAUGUUCAAAUAUAUUUUCUAAUACUAUCA